AAUUUUAGUUACGACUUCAGCGUUGAAGUUUAAGGUGGGAGCUGAUUACUCUGAACAUGCUUCUCUGACAUUUGGAAGUUUUGUUCCUUCAAGACACCUGUCUGUGUUGAAGAUGGAACCUAAGAUGCACAUGAAAGAGUGGCUGAUAGCUCAGAUAGAGAGUGGGAAAUAUGAAGGACUUCUCUGGGAAGAUGAUCAUAAAACUAUGUUCAGGAUUCCGUGGAAGCACGCAGCCAAGAAGGACUACAAACAGACGGAGGACGCAGCUCUCUUUAAGGCCUGGGCUGUAUACAAGGGCAAGUACAGGGAGGGGAGAGAUAAAGCUGACCCCACCAUGUGGAAGACCCGUCUUCGCUGUGCACUCAACAAGAGCACGGACUUCCAGGAGGUCCCUGCACGCAACCAGCUGGACAUCAGUGAACCCUAUAAAGUCUACCUUAUCCAGCACGACAAUGGGCCAGCCAGGCCUGCAGACUCUUUCCAGACAAAGGAUCAAGUGAUCGUCCAGGCUAAGAGCUCUCCAAGGAGCCCCAGUUUUCUGGAAAAAAAGCUUCGUUGUCAAAAGGAAUCAUUUGACGCAAGUAAAGAAGUAAAACCGUUGAUUGAUGAUCUGAUGAGGGAACACAUGUAUUGUGAGCUCACAGGAAAAAAACCUGCUCCUAUAACCUUCCUCAGUCCCACACUUACUAUAUCAGACUUCCGUAUGCAGGUGGUGUUGCUAUACCAGGGCCAGAGGGUCAUGAAAGUGGCCACCAGCAGCCCAGAUGGGUGCUUCAUCCUGCAGGGCCACGUCCCGUUGGGAAAUGAACGGAUCUACGGGCCCUGCACUGCCCAGCAGCUCUCCUUCCCCUCCCCAAGCUCUGUAUCCCUUCCGUCAUGCUUGGCUGAAGCGAUGAACCGCCUUCUUUGUCAUUUGGAGAGAGGUGUGCUAUUAUGGGUAGCCCCAGAUGGGGUGUUCAUCAAGCGGUUCUGCCAGGGCAGAGUGUACUGGAGCGGUCCCAUGGCCCAACACACUGACCGGCCCAACAAACUGGAGCGAGAAAAGACCUUCAAGCUGCUUGACAUACCCACAUUUCUCAAUGAGCUUCAGAGCUGUAUACAGGGGAAGGGACAUACACCUUCUUAUGAGAUUGAGCUCUGCUUCGGAGAGGAGUAUCCAGACCCCAACGUACCUAAAACCAGGAAACUGAUCAUGGCGCAGGUGGUGCCCUUGUUUGCAGUGGAACUGCUGCAGAGGUUCAACGUGGAAGAGAUUCAGGAGAAGCGGCCAAUUCUCACCUCCAACACAGAGGGAGAGAAGAUGUAGGAGGACAGGGAAUGCUAGGGUAGCUAUGAACAAUAUACAAGUGGAUUACUGCUUUAUUCAUAAUAAUCAUCAUGAAAGACAUCCUAAGAGCAGAGCAAACAAUACAGAGGAUCUUCAGUGUGAAAAUGUAUAUAUGAUGAAGAAACGAUGGAGGUGUUGCAUUGUAUGGAAAUAUAUAUAUAUAUAUAUAUAUAUAUAUAUAUAUAGAUUUUUUUUAUUCUGUCCACCAUGUCAACCACUGGUAGGAGUUAUCAGCGUGUUAAAGCAAACAUCUUGAUUAACCCAAUAAAAAUUGUUGCUAACAUACUAUUAAUG